GGCGUUUCGCCUGAAUGUGUUCUGUAAUGACGCGUCAGUUUUGCAGGUACCGCAAAAGUUUUGGAACAAAUCGCACCCUUGCUUCAAUAGUGUUACAACUCAAAAUAUGACGAUUUUGAGUUAUUGGUAUCACUGGAUUCAGAAAAAAAAGCUCUAUCAAUCUCAAAAAACCGUUCCAACUUGUGGGAGUUCAGUGGUCGCCAGGUAGCAGUUGAAUCGGUGUAGACGAUUCACUUGCUACCCCCUCCACUCGUCUAUAGAGUCAAAUCCUCAGUUGUGACAUAGAUUUCGAUGAGAUACCGUGCACGAUUUGCUCAGUUGAUGUGUUAUUUUGAGUUGUAACGUUCUUGAUGAGUAAAGUUAUUAAUUUUUGGUGUGUUAUUUCUUAUUGUAACUAUUGGUGAUUGGAACGGCAGACUUUCAUACAGGUAAGUCGAAAUGUUACACUAUUGGUGAUUGAAAAAGCAGCUUUUCAUCCAGCCAAGUCUAAAUGUUGCACUAUUGACGAUUUUUCAGAAUGAAUCUUAACACACGAGGAACAAAAAUAUUAGGCCUUCUUGAACUAAAAACGCCUCUUGUUCGGGAACGAAAUGUAGUGGAUACAGCCAACUUUUCCCCACCACCUCUAGAGUCUUUACCUUCAGGUAAGAUUCCUGUUUUUUCCAGCGAAGAUGACGUCUUCCCAACAAUUCAGACUCUGCCAACCACUACUGCUUCAAACGUAAACUCAUCAUUUGAAGACCUCAUAACACAAGCGGAAAUCGUUACAAACACGGAUGGAAUAUUCGAUCCAGAACUUGUCGAAGUUGAAGGGUACUCUACAGGUGCGACUGUUCAUGAUAAUGCUUAUAAAAACUAUGACCCUAAAGAAGGACCUUCUUAUUCAGUUGUAGUCGACGAAGAAACUCCAACCAUCAUUCGCCUCACUAAAAUUAUUCACAAUCAAGAUGGAAACGAUCCUUCAGCUUCCCGUAGCAAUGACGACGAGCAGGUUGACGAUGAAAACCCGAACAGCAGUGACGACAGUGACUGGCAUGAAUCCGAAAAUAGUGCUGAAAGUUCAGACUCAAAACAUUCCUCACCUCUGGAAUUUUCCAGAAAGCCUAAUUUAGCUCCCCUUGAAAAUUUCAGUCAUGAAGAAGAUGAAAUGAGGCAGAAGAGAGGAAAAAGAAAAAAACGGCCAUGCAACCCAGACAACUGGGUUAUGAAGAAAACAAAAACCCUUCGAAAUAGCGAUCUUGGAUACGUUUCUUACAAAUCCAAACGCUCAGUCAGCGCCAGGAAAAUCCGACCAUCUUGUGAAUCAAAAUGCCGUUUGAAAUGCUCAGAAAAAAUCAAGGAAGAAGUUCGCCAACAGCUUUUUUCUGGAUUUUGGAGUUUAGGCGAUGUCCAGCGGCAGAGGGAGUUCAUCGUAUCAUACAGUGACGAAAUAAAACCAAAAUACAGAUACUCCAGCACUCAAAACUUUCGUGCCAUGAAGAGAGCGUUCUAUUUUGACGUGCAUAACGUCCGCACGAGAGUUUGCAAACAAUUUUUCAUGGCCACACUUGACAUAAAUGCUCGAACAAUACAGACUGCAUUCUCAAAAAAAUCCUCUACAGGAUUCGUUGCCGAAGAUCGACGUGUGAAACACAAUAAUCAUCCAACAGUUGACCCAGAAAUCAAGGAAAGUGUCCACCAAUUCAUAAAUUCGAUUCCUCGAAUCGAAUCCCACUAUUUAAGGGCUCAGACCUCCAGAGAGUUGAUCGAAGGUGGCAAGAGCCUUGCAGACCUAUUCAGGGACUAUAAAGCAGGUCGGGAGCAAAAAGAGUUGCCCUCAGCAAAUUCUAUCAUGUUCAAUAGAAUAUUUCAUUCAGAAUUUAACAUUUCCUUUUUUAAACCGAAAAAAGAUCAAUGUGAUGUCUGUGAAUCUUACAGUAAUGCCAAUGAUGAAGAAAAGGAGAGUAUGAGAGCUACAUUCGAAAAACACAAGAAGGAGACAGAGCUGUCACGAGCAGAAAAAGGAAGGGACAAGGAUAACCCAUGCGGAGCUAUAGUCGCAGUCUUCGAUCUACAAGCUGUCAUGCCAUCACCAAGGGGGCUCGUCUCAUCCUUUUAUUAUAAAAGCAAACUCAAUUGCUUUAACUUCAUCAUCAGUGAUUUGCAUACUAGAAACGUAAAUUGCUAUUUUUGGAAUGAGACAGAGGCAAAACGAGGAGCCAACGAAAUCGGAAGCUGCGUCUACCUCUACCUCAAGGACCUCAAGGAACAACGCUCUGAUGUUGAACUGGAU